GACCUGGGCGCACCGACGAAGAGCGAAGUGAUGAUCGCCAUCGCCAUCGCGAGGAGCGUCUCAUCGCCCGUGAGCAGGAGAAGCUGUUGAGAGAGAGUAAGGAGUUGGCGGAUUUUGCCCGGUUACAUCCUCCAGGCUGCAGCACUGGUAGUCUGAACUCUAACCUGAUGGUCAUGGGAGGGCCAGCUCUGGCUGGAGCUGGUCGCUGGUCUACUGACCCCACCUCACACUUAGCAUCUCAUCCCUGGCUUCCUCGGACUGGGAGUCCCUCCAUGUGGCUGACAGGUCAUCCAUACG